ACUUCCUGUCCCACCCACAUUCUCGUGUCGCUUCCGGGUGGCCAUACAAGACUCAUCCAGCGAGCCGUCGUUUUCUGAACGCUGUAAACAAAAGUUACAAAACGGUUAAGCUUCCACAACACGUCAAACGAAAAGACAUGCAUAUCAAAACAGGUACAUGGGAAGCCAGCAACACCGUGUGUGAGUCCGAUACCCUGUGUGAUCCAGCAGUCCUUGUUGCAGCCACCAACUCUGAGCCACACAUUCGCAACCGCCGCCUGUCUCCCGGCUCAGGCAACUGUGGAGGAGGUGGAGGCGGAGGCUGCAUCUCCGGAGGUGACCAACAGCCCCGGCAGCUUUCACCCGAAGGCGGCCUGAUCGGACCCGGCUACACCCACACCUUCUUCAGCUUCCGCAGGGAAAAAGAUCGCAAGGGCCAGCAGCACAAAGGCCGCAGCCUUCGCAGGGAAAGUCAGAAGGGAGUCGGCCGAGCGAGCGAGCGGCCUCAAAAGGUUAACCAAAAGGACAGGUGGGUGGAGGACAGUCUGUCACUGCUCAAGCCCCCACCUGCCUUCCCGGUGCAGGAUAGCCCCGCCAAGCUGCAGCCUGCCGUCAGCUACGCGUCCAAGGUGAAGGCGGGAGCAGCAAGCGGAGGGCUGGAGGAGGACCGCCCUGCCAUCGGUGUGCUGCUACAGAACCAGUGGGGUCUCAGUUUUAUCAGCGAGGCGAGGCCGGCCACAGAGGCCUCCAGCCCUCGACCCGCUACCAACGCCCUCCCUCCUCAGUCCACAGACGCCGAACAGUCAGCAAACCUACAGUUCGAGACAGUUCUCCCAGUCCAGCUUCCAGACACGCCUGUUCCUGUCGCUGCCUCUGUCACCCCCACCACACGCCCAGAGGCAGACGAGAGCAACGGGAAGCUGCUUCUUAGUUGUCGCCAUCUAGUGGAGGCUUUGAACUAUCACAGUAGAGAAUGGAACGCUAUCUGCAACAAACAGAAAAAAGUUCCAAAAAAGGUCUUCUGGUACAAGGACACCAAGGAGCACCCAGCCUAGCAGUGUGAGACACCUAAAGUAUAUAUAAACACAUAUACAACACACACCUACAUGCACAUUAAAACACGUAAAGAUGGACAAAUGUAUGAGUCCCGUUCACACACACUGCACUCAGGAUGAUGUCUUCACGCAAAGCCACACUGAGACACUUUGGACUAACUCCUUUGAGAUCUUACAGCAAUGGACUUUUUUAACGCCUUACAGAAAGCCUGCCUUAAUAAUCAGACCUGUUUUCAUCGCCUCUCAAUACCAUUUUUAGCUUGUAUGUGUAGAGCUGGUCUUUUUUUUCUUUUCUUUUUUUAAACAAUCUCUGCUGAGCUGUAAUUUAAUUUCCCCCCCUUUUUUUUUUUUUUUUU